CCUUUACAAAAAGCAGACAUAUACAACUCUAUAAAGCAAAAGAUUAGAGAUGCCUAAAUCCCAAAGCAAUCCUCCUAAAUAGACAAAGACUCAGAGAUCCAUCAUACUGUGCUUCAUUUCCAAGCCUCUCUUAAAAACACAAGUUUUUAGUAUAAGAAAAUAACAACUUAUCUUAAAAAUGUUAUAUAAGGCAAGUACCUCAACAAACAUACUCAUCAAAGAAAAAAUGGGCACAACAGCUCCUAUUGCAAUAGGCACCAGAGGGACCGUUGGAUCGCUUGUCAGACGAGAGAUUGAGUAUUUUCGUAGGCUUGAGAGAGAUUGUGGUGAUACAUCUAAGAAACUCGAGGCAAAAACUUAUGUAGGAGUCUCUAGGAAAACUACCAGUUUACCAACUAGUCGAGUGAAGACAGCUUCAUUAGGAUCGUUGCUGAGCAUGAGCUGGAGAAAGAAGAGGAGAAGCAAUAAUAACUGCAGCAGCAACAGCAGUAGUAAUAAUAAUAGCAGUAGUUUUCUGCCUAGUAUGUGUUCUGCUGUGGAUGUCUCAGAAAGCAAGAGGUUUGGCGGGUUUAGUUAUAGAAGCCUCAAAACAGAUGUUGGUAUUGAUCCUUAAACUUUUCAUGUGUUUAAGGCUCGCUAUUAUUCUAGGCAUAAGGCUUGCUUUCUUUCUUUUCCUAUAUCAGUAUAUAAAUUUUCUAUUUGUAAGUAGUAAUAUGUUUUUAGUAUCCGAAACCUUAGAUGAUCUUUCGGUUGUUUGUUGCACAAAGCUUUAGAUGAUCCUUAGUUGUCUUAUGACCAUUUCUUGUGUUCAAAAGGAUGCUUGUAAUGAAUCAAUUUGGUGAUAGAUCUUUCAGAGUUUGCAAUUUUCAAUCUUUUAUGAUAAGAAUAUCAGAAACAACUGGUUUCAGGUUA